GACACCAUCAGCCAUAUUCAUUCUGCUCUCUUCUGUGUGUGAGGCAUGGAGCGCUUACGCUCGGUUCCAUCCGAUUUAGAAAAACUAGUCAACAAUUUUUUUAUAUCGUUUCAAGUCCGAUGGGGGUUUCCGGAUUAACGUAAUUUUAUCAUAAAUGUUAGAUGUUCAUGAACAUAUUUCACUGCAGACUAACUAAAGCCUGAUUUAAGAUAUCGCCGUAAAUAAGGCAUAUUUGGGGGCGCUAAUAUGUAGAGAAGAAAUAUUGUAGUUAUUGGAAUGUUAAUUGAAUCUAUCUAAUUUGUAUACGGAAAAUUUACCCAACGUUAUUUUGUAAUAAUGCAAAUAAAUGUAUGAUGAUAAACCGUUUUAAACCCACGGUUUAAAUUAUAGACGUUAGUUUUCAAGCUGGCCCUUACGGCUUACUCAUUGUCUAUUGUAAGUAAAACCGCACGUGCUACUUACCUGCAUAAAAAAAAAGGUUCGGUCACUGACCGAUUAUUAUAUUUCGUUCGUUUCAUUCUUCAGAUAUAACAUUUACCAGGUAGUCCUUUAAACCUACAGGCGACUUUUGCACGAUAUUAAGAGACAGUCAAUUGACUAUUGAACUGAUUUUUAGUUCAGUCAUUCGUUCCCCUACCCUUUCCGUUCGUUCCACCGUUAUAGUUGCUCAUUCUUUUUUCGUGCACGGCGACGAACGCACGCGCCACUUUAGCUCCUCGGUUACGACAAAAAUGUCGAAGCGCACAGCUAAAGAAAAGUUAAAUUAUUACCGUGAAAAAAUUAAAAGACUAGAGGAUCAUAAAAGACGAUACAGGAUAAUUUAUGAUUCGUCUUCAUCGGAAGAUGAAGAUGUUGUAAUGGAACAAAAUCCAGACGGUUCCGUACCGGCUCAUGAUCCUAUUAUACAGGAACCACAGUUAAACAUCGAAAAUCCCGUACCGGAACAUAAAAGUGAUGUACCGAUGCCAGAUCAUAAUAACGGGAUUCCUGCACCUGAAAAUCAGGCAGAUUUACCCUUGUCAUCAGCUCAACCCGAGCUCGAUCCGGACAUGCUGCUGGCUCUCGGGGAGUCGACCGAGGCUAGCCCCGAGUAUGGCGAAAAAAUCCACGACAAUUUAACGAAACUUUGGUUACCGUUACUCAAAAAAGGUAUGACGAAGGAAACCAAAGAUAAAAUACAAAAAGACUAUUUGGUUCCCGACAACUGUCGACUGUUACAGGCACCAAAAUUAAACGUGGAAAUUUCAGCAGCCGUACCCGAUAUGGUCCGGAACCGAGAUAAAAAUCUAGCCACAACGCAGCAACAACUCGGCCAUGGGAUCGCUGCCGUCAACAGGGCCAUGGAUAUACUAAUUAAAUGUGUCGAUGCCAACGGAAUCGAAGCUAUGAAACACCUCAGUAACGGCUGCCGCAUUCUGUGUGACCUCCAUGCGUCAUCUACUCAGAGUCGCAUAAAACUCAUCACUCCUAGUCUCGAUAAGACGUUCUUGCAAGUUAUUAAAGAUACAGAACCUGAUGAUACCCUAUUUGGCAAUAAAUUGGGCGAAAAAAUCAAGGCGGCUAAGACCAUUGAAAAACAAGGUCUUCAAAUCAAGAAAACGUCCCCAAAGAAACCCACGCCAGCACAGCCGUCGACAAGUCGAGCGUCAUACUCGGGAAACUGGUCAGCGCCCCCUCGUUACGCGUCGAACAGGGGGGGGCGGAGAGGUGCUCGCAGGCAGACGAAUUACACCCGUCGGACGUUUCCAGCUCCACAAGCGGCCAAGACAUCUCCCGCGACCAAGACACGUGCCCAUGCACCGUAACGCAGGUACAUGCCGGCCGAAUAAGUCAUUAUUAUAACUGUUGGCUAAAAAUAACAUCGAACGACAUGGUUUUGGACUGGGUCAGACAUGGCUACUCAAUCCCAUUUAACUCAGACGUAAAACAAACAUUUGUUCCGUCAAACACGCUUGAACAAAAUGAAGUCGCUGAUAUGAAAUUAGCUAUACAAAAGCUGUUAGAUUUAGGAGCCAUAUCUGAGUGCCCUAAGGUCAAAAACCAAUAUAUAUCUAAGAUUUUUCUUGCCCCAAAACCUAACGGAGGAAAGCGUUUUAUCCUAAAUUUAAGAGGUCUCAAUAAAUUUAUUACUCCCUGUCAUUUUAAGAUGGAGGAUUAUCGCACGGCCUCAAAACUCAUUCCUCAAAAUGGUUUUUUAGCCACAAUAGAUUUGACAGAAGCAUAUCUGCUUAUACCUAUAAAUAUAAAUGACAGAAAGUACUUGAGAUUUCAAUUUAAUAAUCUGACAUAUGAAUUUACAUCCAUGCCAUAUGGUUUAUCUGUAGCCCCUAGAGUAUUUACAAAGAUAAUGAAAGAAGUGAUGUCUAAUUUGAGAUCGCGAGGUCUCAAAUCUGUCAUUUAUUUGGACGACAUUCUGUGCAUAGGAGACUCUUUUCAAGAAUGUCUUAAUAAUGUUAAGGAAACCUUAAAGCUAUUGCAAUGUCUAGGAUUUGUUAUCAAUUACGACAAGAGUUCCUUACAUCCAGAACAGACUUGUAAAUUUUUAGGGUUUAACUUUUAUACCCAAAAUUUGACCAUUGCCUUACCCGAAGAUAAACGAAACAAAAUUGCACAAUUGGCUCGUAAAUUUCUAAGGCUCCCUAAAUGUACCAUUCGGGAGUUCUCACAACUCAUCGGAGUUUUAGUGUCAGCCUGUCCAGCUGUAAAAUAUGGUUGGGUUUAUACAAAAAACUUAGAAAGGCAAAAAUAUCUCGAGUUAUUAAAAAAUAACGAUAAUUUUGAAGCUAAAAUGAAACCUUCUAGUACCAUACUGGACGAUCUUAACUGGUGGUUAAAUAAUAUUAGUUCAUCAAAUAAUUACAUGAGAAAUCCUAAUUUUCAACUCGAAAUUUACAGUGACGCAUCCAACUCAGGUUGGGGUGCGGUUUGUGGGAAAAAUAAGAUUAAUGGCACGUGGAAAUCUUCAGAACGAGAUUCUCAUAUUAAUUAUUUAGAAUUACUGGCUGUCUACCUCGGAUUAAAGAGCUUUGCAAAAAAUAUUACUAAUUGUGCAAUUUUGUUGCGGGUUGAUAACACGACCGCUAUAAGUUAUAUAAAUCGCAUGGGGGGCAUACAGUUUCCACACCUAAACGAUUUGUCUCGUACAAUUUGGCAAUGGUGCGAGAAGCGAAAUAUAUUGAUCUUUGCAUCAUAUAUAAAUACAAAAGAAAAUAUUGCAGAUCCAGAGUCUAGAAAAAUAGUUAACCCUGACACCGAAUGGGAACUUACGGACAGAGCGUUUGAAUCUAUAGUACACCGGUUUGGUAAACCAACAAUAGACUUAUUUGCUUCUCGUUCCAAUGCAAAAUGCCAAAAUUUUGUGUCAUGGAAAUGCGACCCAGAUGCGAUAGCGGUCGACGCAUUUACAAUUAACUGGAGUAAAAAAUAUUUUUACGCCUUUCCCCCUUUUUCGUUAAUUUUAAAAUGCCUUAGAAAGAUCGUAGACGAUCAAGCAAAUGGAAUAUUAGUGUUUCCUUUUUGGCCAUCGCAACCGUGGUUCCCCCUAUUGCAGAGCCUUCUUAGUUCGGAGAUAAUGUUUCUCAACCCGAAUAAAAACUUGCUUCAUUCCCAUUACAGGGACUGCCAUCCCCUACACAAUGGGCUUACCCUGGGGGUCGCGAAGCUCUGCAACAGUCCUUCAGUCGAAGAGGCUCCCCACCAGAGGCUAUAACACUGAUGUUGGCAUCACUCUCCGACAAAACAAUACAACAAUACGAAGUUACAUAUAAGCUCUGGUGGCAAUUUUGCACCGUUAAUUCUAUUGAAAUUUUCAAUCCCCCAAAAUCGACAAUAUUGUCUUUUUUAACAGAACAAUUUAACAAAAAUUGUGCAUACGGCACACUGAAUAGUCACCGUUCAGCCUUAUCCUUGUUAUUGGGAGACAGUGUCGGUCCGGACGAUUGCGUGAAACGCCUUCUUAAAGGUGCGUACAAACAAAGACCGAACGGUCCCAAGUAUAACCAUACAUGGGACCCUCAGGUUGUUUUAAACCGUGUCUCUCACUGGUAUCCAAAUACAAGUAUAAGCCUGGAACUAUUGUCGAAAAAAUUAGUUACAUUACUGGCCAUAUGCACAGCGCAUAGGGUUCAAACAUUAUCGCUUAUAAAAAUUGAAAAUAUUGUUAUUACCACAAACGGUGUCAAAGUUGGAAUCACGGACAUAAUUAAAACAUCAGCUGUCGGGCGAGAGCAACCGGUCCUCUUCCUCCCAUAUUUUAAAGAUAAUGUUUCUAUAUGCCCUGCUACAACUCUCAGAGAUUAUAUUUUUGUAACAAAAAAUAAGAGAGUUGAUAGCAUAGGACGUUUGUUAUUGACAUACAAGACUCCACAUAGACCUGCAACUUCUCAAACCAUCAGCAGAUGGAUUAAAAAUGUUUUGUCGGAAAGUGGCAUCGACAUGACAGUGUUUAGCGCGCACAGCGUGCGCCACGCCGCCACGUCGGCCGCGAGCCGCGCCGGUGUUAGCGUCGACACUAUCCGCCGCACAGCAGGCUGGACCUCGGCGUCUACGUCGUUUGCGCGGUUCUAUAAUAGGCCACUAUCGGAUGAAGGACUCUUUGCGAGAUCUGUUUGCUUGCCGAAUACAAGUGACAAUCCUUAGAUAAUAAGAUUAUCGAUCAUAAGUAGAUGAUUUUUUGAUUAUAUGAACAAUUGUUAAUAUUAGAUGACUGACCAAUAAGGUCACGUCAAAGAAGAAAAGAAAUAUAUUGAUUUCGUGUCUAUA